GCGAGGCCCGACCGCACUCCGCAGACUGGGGCAGAGGUGGCGACUCUGGGGAGCGCCAUAGCUGCUCUUGGUUGUUUGGGUGUCCGCUUGGUGUUUUGGCAAUGGGCGUAGGUGGGGUUGUCUCACGUGGCAUCCUGAGGCAACGACAUAUCGGCGUGAGGGAUUGAAAGAUUGGAUCGUAUAAGCAGCGCGUGAGUUUUGGGGGCAGCCUUGAUAACAUAAUAAGACAAAUAAAAUGAUGUUGGCGAUGGAUGCGGCGUUCAGGCAGGAUGCAGCGGCUGCUGCUUCGUUUGAAGAAGACAAAGAAACGCUGGAUAUGGUGCGGACGCAAAAGCGACAGAUGGAGAAUAUCUAUGCCGCGCUGAUAGAACAUCGCCACAACUUAUCACCGAAACUUUUGGAGGAGGGAGAGGAAUUGUUGAUCGGGUGGGGGGAGGAGAUCCGCGCAAAUCUUGUGCUUCGAAGGUUGAGUACUGUCGGGAGAGCACAGGAGAUGGCUGAGUUGAGUGAGUGUACUGAAAUGAUGGGGAAACUGAGAGUAAUCUUCGCGGAGCUUUGGGAAGGAGUGCAUGACAAUACAAGAUGUGAAGACUUGAAACGGCGUUGUUACGGAGGGCUUGAGGAGAGGCAGGUGCUUUGUGAUACGAUGUCGGAUCGAUUGUACGAAGUGGAUGAUGUCGGUACUUCCGUUAUUUCUGUGGACAAGGAGGUCGCGAUUUGCUGUACGGAGCUUGAGGAGAGGCAGGGUUCGCGUGGCGGAUUGGGGGGACUGCUUGUUUGCUCAGACGAUAACAAAUUCAAUAAUAGCAUCAGCAUCGACGUCGGUCACAAUGGUGUUCACGGUGCUUCGCGUGGAGAAAUUGGCGACAACGGCAGUGAUAACGACAAUAUCAACAACAAUGAGGAUCUCGCGGUGGUUGUGCUGCGGGGUGCAAAUAUUAACGACGAUAACUUUUUUGUGCAUGACGACGGCAUGUGGGCGCUGGGAGAAGGCAACGAUUGCAACAUCACCAGCGACAUCAACAACCCAGCAGGUGAUAACAUGACUGGGAACACCGACGAGUGCAAUGGAUAUCAUUGCAAUGACAGUAUUGACAACGACAAAACAGUUGGCGACCACAAACAUGAUAACGACCAAGAUAGUAGGCAGGCUCUUUCCCCUUCUUUUCAUCUUUCCUUCUUCGCUUCGUGGUCUAUCUUGAGGAAUGACCAGGGUCUUCGGCGACAGGGGUGGGUGAUCAGACUGUUUGGUGAGCAGGAAGAUUGUAUGGGGAUGUGGGAAGCUGGAUGGUGGCGAGUAGGGGUGGGAUAGGGUAGUUUGGAUAUACGUGUCGCAAAGGUUAGCGCGCGAGAGGCUGGUUUUCUCGUGCCCUUUUGGGGAUUGUGUGUUGACUGGUCAUGCUUGUAAAAAGGGUAAAUGAAUAUGGCAACGUAUG